ACGGUGCUCUUCCUUGUAAUACUACGAACUGAAAAGGUUGAAACCUCGCGUUUGUAUGAAACGCUGGUGUAGUUGUUGUCUUGUACACCCUUUUGAGGACUUUGAUCCUAAAAUAGGCAACACGAUUACUGAAAUUAUCUGGACUUAAGCGGAUAACAAUCUAAUCAGGUCGGGGCUCAGAAAAGAUGAAUUCAAAAGUGAAGUGUUUCCUGGUGCUGCUGUGUUUGACUGGCGUGUUGGUGUUUUUGAGAAGCCAUGUGCUGCAGCGUUGCUCCUGUGUGGAUCAAAGCUGUGAUUGUUUGGAAAUAUCAGAAGAUGAGCAGUGGUUUAUGAAGCGUUUCAACAAAUCUGUUGAACCAUUUUUGACUGCGAAACACAAACUCUCCGAGAGUACGUUUAACUGGUGGAAGCGUUUACAGAGUGAAAAGGGCAGCUAUGAUGUCUACAAUAAAACAGUAGAAGAACUGUUUCAGAAGUGUCACCCCAGCCACAUGAAGCUCAGUUCUUACCACAGCAGGACGUGUGCUGUGGUAGGGAAUUCUGGCAACCUGAAGGGAUCACGUUACGGUCCUCUGAUAAAUUACCAUGAUGUCGUCAUAAGAAUGAACACUGGGAGAGUCAGAGGCUAUGAAGCUGAUGUUGGAAACAAAACAACUCAUCACAUCAUGUAUCCAGAGAGCGCCAUUGACUUGGACAGCACCACUCAUCUUGUGCUGUUUCCAUUCAAGAUUAUGGAUUUUCAGUGGCUCACAAAGGCUCUUACCACAGGAUUUUAUGGAAGGUCUUACAUGCCUGUGAGAUCAAAGAUCAAAGCUAACAAAGAUUUGGUGAUGGUGGUCAGUCCUUCUUUUAUGAAGUAUGUUCAUCAAACAUGGCUGGAAGGGAAGGGCAAGUAUCCUUCCACUGGUUUUAUUGCUGUUGUCCUUGCCCUACAUAUUUGUGAUGAGAUCCGUGUGUUUGGUUAUGGAGCUGAUAAAGAUGGAAACUGGAGUCAUUACUGGGAAAAACUUGCAAACAAACACCUGAGAACUGGAGUACAUCCUGGAGGUCAGGAGUAUGAAAUAAUCCUGAAGCUGUCAAAGCAGCUCAGAAUCCAGUUUUAUACUGGAUGGUGAUCUUUUUCUUCAGCAUCUGAAGAGCCUUGAUAGCAGGCAAUGGACCAAGCUGAGAGACCCUUAAACUCAAAAUCUACCUGGCUGACUCCCUGCUGAACACAUGAAUGUAGAAUUACCCAAAGGGAUAGCGAGGAAUGACGCCACAGGUAAAAUUAAUGUGACUGCUGUUCUUGAUGUUGUGUAUGACAGACUGAGUAUUUGCACUCAUGAUAAUGUAGGAUAAUUGUUCAAGCUGCUGUGUGCCUUAAUUUUAUUUAUUGAUUUUUCUCAAUGCUAAAACUGUCAUGAUGCCGUUCACUGUAAAGAUGAAUGUAUCACUCAAGGAAGUUUUAGCUAGUUAGACACUGAAAUUAAAACUGAGACUUUGAAAAGCAAAACAGCCAAUCAGCAACAAAUUGAUUAUUUCAUUGUUGUUAUUAUUAGUGCCUGAGACUGCUGCCACACUCCUGAAAAAGUCUUUUUUUUUCUAUUUUCAUAGCAAAGAUUCUCGUAAUGAUGGAUUGAAUUUUUAUUGAUUUUAAUUCUUUCUACUGGUGUAAAUCAGUAGGUAAUAGUUUUUUUAAUGGUUAUUCAUAGAGGGUGCCAUAAAGGACCAGGCUCUGAAGGGAUAGUUUUUAGUAUUUUUGAGGUCUUUGUUAAUAAAACGUAUACUAGCUACUGGAGAUGUUGGUCAGCUCAGCUCCCUGAGAGAAACCAGCUAGAGUACAGGCAUGAAAGCUAAGCUUUACAUGUUAGCAGAUGGGUAUAUUUGCUCCACAUAAUUCAAAUUAUUUAAGGGGAAAAAAGCUAAAAUGUGCAUCUUUAAGUAAUUUCGAUUCACUGUCCAUGUUUUAUACUUGUCCUGUUGAUACUGUGUUUUCCUAAAAUCCACUGUUUAUUUUAAAUUGCCUUUUUUUACUUGAAGCAUGUAAAAAUAUGGGAUUUUCAAAUAUCAUUUAGGAGGUAAGCUAUGUGUAAGGAUCUUAUUUCCAUAGAGGUGAAUGACAUUGACUACUAGGGUCAAUACCCUCUUCUCUGUUUGGAAAUUGUAAGAAAUUCUGUGCCUUCCUCCCUGGCAAGUACAACCUCAGAAGGACUGAUGGAUUAGGUGUAUGUAGGUGUAUUACAUAUAAAAUACCAAUUGAGUGCCUUUUAAAUUCAGUGGCGUAAUAUUCUUCCAACCAAAGUAGACACAAAAUGUGUUUUUUUUUAUUUAUCUUUGCCAAAUGUGUUUUUCUUCAUGUUUCCAUGACCAUGAUGUUUUUAUUGUGUGGAAGGACUAAAGUAAGGGUAUUGCUUACACAUGCUCUACCUCAUUAAAUAAAUUUAUGUAAUCUGC